AUGACGGAAGGGAAAUGCACCUUCGGCACUCGGAUGCCGAUAGACAUCCACAUGCUCAACGAGAUCAUCUACCGGGAAGUGAAACACUUUCGCAACUACAAGAUAUACCGACCCAACUUUGGCUCUAUGCCAGUAGCCGGCAAGUUCUACGCAUCACACGACCAAAUCAAAGCGGAGUCCAAGGAGCAAACUGAUAAAGUCGAGAUGUACACCCAAAACGUUUCACAGACGAGGUCUAAAGGACCUCACAGCAAGUAUCCUUCGGCUGCUACCGAAAACCAAGAGUACGGCUGGUAUCACAAACCUCUGCUCACAAUGGACCGGAACGACAAACGCUUCUACAAGCCAAAGGUCGAGAGCAUAAACACGAAGAUUGAAAUUAUAAUUCUCAUGUCCAACCCUAAGAAUAAGAAGACAUAG